GAGAAAGAUUGCACCUGUUGAGAUCCUGAUAAUGUGCCAUUAUUUGGUUUUGUACCAUCCACUCUGAAUAAUGGUAAACGAAGGCGUAGGUCAAUUGGUACUACAGGCACAUCCUCUACAUCUUCCCAGUUAUCGUUGCAAGAGGAUGGAGGAAGAUCAAAAUUUGCCCAUUUUAUAUUUUCAUCAUGAAGACUUCGAUGAUAAUCUUUUGAUUCGCAUAAUCGAAUUAGCUGCUGAGGCUGCAGAUCUGAUCACAAAGAUAUCAGCACUUUUAUCACAGGAGUUCAUAGCAAAUACGCUUAAUUUUCGAAGUCCUCGACGUGGUAUUACAGAUCUUGGUCUCACAUACUUACAGUCUAAGAUGGAUAAUCAUCCACAAGAUUUUCGUAGAAUUUAUCGCAUGUACCCAGAUUGCUUCAUGAAGUUAUGCAAUAUCUUAAGAGUGCGGGGCCACAUACAAGACACAUACCACAUUAGUGUUGAGGAGAUGAUUGCUAUUUUUCUUCUCACGGUUAGUCAGAAUCAACGAUACUCUGUUGCAACUGAUCGAUUUGAUCGUUCAAAAUGGACCAUCAGUGUAUGUUUCAAUAAAGCAUUACAGGCCUUGGUAACUUUAGCAUCAUGCUUGAUGGCAUCACCCCCUACUGAUCCACCUGAUAAGGUUAAAUCAGAAUCUCGCUUUUGGCCUUAUUUCAAGGACUGUAUCGGUGCAAUAGAUGGGACUCAUAUACCGUGCAUGGUGUAUAACAUAGAUCAGACGCCCUAUCGAAAUAGACAUGGUUUUCUCUCUCAGAACGUCUUGGCAGCUUGCACAUUUGAUCUCAAAUUCAUUUAUGUCUUAGCUGGGUGGGAGGGUUCUGCUAAUGAUGCAAGAGUCUUGAAGGAUGCAAUGAGUAGACCUUAUGGACUUCCACUUCCACAGAAUAAAUUUUAUCUAGUUGACUGCGGCUAUCCAAAUAGGCUACAAUUUCUUGCUCCAUACCGAGGUCAAAGGUACCAUCUUUCAGAGUUCGGCCCAGCUAAUAAUCGACAACGACCACGAAAUUCAAAAGAAGUUUUCAAUCAUCGGCAUGCGUCUCUUAGAAAUUGUGUCGAGCGCAUCUUUGGAGUUUUUAAGUCAAGGUUCACUAUUUUCAAGAGCCAACCUCCAGGUUUUUCAUAUGCCACACAAAUAAAGAUGUUCGUUGCAUGCGUCGGAUUGCAUAACUUUUUAAGAUUGGAGAAUACAAAUGAUGACUUCGACAUUUAUGAUCUUCCACUAGAAGCUCCACGAAAUAUUGCUGAUGCGGAUGAUGACUCCGAUGAAGAAGAUGAGUUACAGACUCAACAGACUCAACGAGCAGCUGCAGGAGCUUGGAGAAAUUCUAUGGCAGAGGCCAUGUGGGAUGAUGGAAGUCGAGUCACUCUAGGGAUUUAGAUUUUUAUUUA